GACAGUUGGAAGCGGAAUGGUUGCGGCGCGGGAAAAAACUGGCGUCACAUAAAACUAAACCAAAAAGGCGCCAUGGCGCCUCAUCGCUCCCGCCAAAACCAAACGCAGCAGCUAAGCUACUUUUUUUAAAUAAAAAUCUCACACCCCUUCCCUCCCCUUCCCCGAUCCCCAAUCCCGGCGUCCCCCCUCCCGGCGAUCCAGAUGGCAGCGGCGGCACCCACUGGCUGCUUCAAGUGCGGCCGCCCGGGCCAUUGGUCCCGCGACUGCCCCUCCGCGCCCGACUCCACCGACCCAACCAACCCUAAUCCCAAGCCCGCCGCCGGCGCCUCCCGCUUCGCCUCCUACCCGAACGCGAGGCCCAGGCCCCCCGCCUCCGCGGCGCCGGAGGGGGACGGGAAUGGGACAGCGCAGAACAAGAAGAAGAAGAAGGAGAGGGCCACGCGGCCCAAGCUCACGCCGGAUCUGCUCCUCUCCGAUGACGGCAUCGGCUUCGUGCUCCGAUACUUCCCCAAGGCCUUCAAACCCCGAGGACGGCCAGGCCACGAGGUGGAGGAUCUUGGUAAUCUGAUCAAGCUGUACACGGACUGGCACUCUCGCUUGAUCCCUUAUUACUCCUUUGAACAGUUUGUGCGGAAAGUUGAGAAAGUAGGGGCCAGCAACCGCGUUAGGAGAUGCAUUUCUGAGCUGAGGGACAGGGUUGCCAGAGGGGGAGAUCCUACACAGCUACACGAACCGACAGUUGAAGGAGUCAUGCCAGCAGGCGAACCUGAUGGAACUACACCUGAAGACCCAAUGGAAACUGAAGCUCCGUUGUCAGAUAAUCGUGUUGCUGAGCCAGUGCAAGAAGAUUUAGACCCACCGGUGGAGAGCAACGAUAUGGAUUCCAUGCAAGAAGAUUUGCUUAAUGAAAUCUACGAAAAAGCAGCUGAUGAACCCCAAAUCCCAGCUGGAGAUGGGACCAAUAAAGAGGCCCCACAGCCCUCGGCUCCAAAGGAAGUUUGCUCGCAUGAUGAUCCACCUAGCGAGGCGCAGAAGCAACAGGAAGAAGCAGCCAGCGACGGCACCAAGCGGGCGAAAAUUCAGCUCACCGAGGAGCAGAAGGCGCGCAUGGAGGCCAACAGGCUCAAGGCCUUGGAGAGAGCGGCGACACGGGCUCGUGCGUCACAGCCUACCUAGAUCUGCAAGAUGCGGGAUUGCUGUCUAUAGUUGUUUGCUCUGCUUAUUCGGUUGCAUUGCAUGGCACCGGAGAUUGGCAUGGUGACUUGUCGGCUUUGAUGGAGCAUCAUCUGUUCUACUCCACUGUACUGUAGGCUAGGCCGUUUGCAUGCUACAGGAACUGUUCUAGUGGCCGAUUGAACUUGCUCUCCUGUUGUGGUGUGGUAUGGUGUAACAAGAGAAGAUUUGUUGGACUUGAGGUUGAUAUGGAAUGUAACUGAAAGCACCACCGAGUGUGCUUC